AUGAAGCUGGGAUAUGUGUGGUUGCUUCUUAGUUAUGCUACAAGGUGUUUAGGUGUAAAGCUUCUAGAAGCAAAUCCAGACGUGAAAAGGCUGUAUGAUGAUUUGCUUAGCAAUUACAACCGUCUCAUACGCCCAGUGACUAACGUAAGCGACAUACUGACUGUGAGACUGAGUCUGAAGCUGUCGCAGCUGAUGGAGGUCAAUCUUAAGAACCAGGUCAUGACUACCAACCUUUGGGUUGAGCAGAAAUGGUUUGACUACAAGCUACAAUGGAAUCCAGAUGAUUACGGCGGAGUGGAGAUGUUAUACGUACCUUCGGAACAUAUUUGGCUUCCUGACAUCGUCCUUUACAACAAUUGGGAUGGAAAUUAUGAAGUGACAUUGAUGACAAAAGCGACACUUAAGUUCACAGGCGAAGUGAACUGGAAACCGCCGGCGAUUUACAAAUCGUCUUGUGAAAUUAAUGUUGAGUAUUUCCCAUUUGAUGAGCAAACAUGCUUUAUGAAAUUUGGAUCUUGGACUUAUAAUGGCGCUCAGGUUGAUUUAAAACACAUGGAUCAAUUACCAGGAAGCAGUCUCGUGCAUUUUGGUAUUGAUUUAAGCGAAUUCUAUUUGUCAGUCGAAUGGGACAUUCUUGAGGUACCGGCAACUAGAAAUGAGGAAUUUUAUCCUUGUUGCGUCGAACCAUUUUCAGAUAUAACGUUUAAGUUAACAAUGCGAAGGAAGACACUUUUCUAUACGGUUAACUUGAUAAUACCGUGUGUCGGUUUGACAUUUUUAACCGUUCUCGUAUUUUACUUACCAUCGGAUUCAGGAGAAAAGAUAUCGCUCUGCAUCUCCAUCCUGGUGUCCCUCACUGUGUUCUUCCUUGGUCUGGCCGAGAUCAUCCCGCCAACGUCCUUGGCGAUCCCUUUGCUUGGGAAAUAUCUACUAUUCACAAUGAUUCUCGUCUCGCUCAGCGUUUGGGUCACUGUAUGCAUUGUAAACGUCCAUUUCAGGUCUCCAUCAACCCACACAAUGUCGCCUUGGAUGAAGAAGCUGUUCCUACAGCUGAUGCCGAAGCUCCUUAUGAUGAGGAGGACCAAGUACUCUCUGCCUGACUACGAUGACACCUUCGUUUCUAAUGGAUACACCAAUGAAUUGGAGAUGAGCAGGGACAGUUUGACCGACGCGUUUGGCAGCACCAAGGGUGAUGACGGCGACUACAGGAAAUCCCCCGCACCAGAAGAUGACAUGCUUGGAGCUGGCGUCCAUCAGAGACCUUCAGUGACCGAGUCCGAGAACAUGCUGCCGCGUCACCUGUCCCCCGAAGUGGCCGCCGCUCUGCAGAGCGUACGAUUCAUCGCCCAGCAUAUCAAGGACGCUGAUAAGGAUAACGAGGUUGUCGAAGAUUGGAAAUUCAUGUCAAUGGUCCUUGAUCGAUUCUUCCUGUGGCUCUUCACCAUCGCUUGCUUUGUCGGUACCUUCGGCAUCAUAUUCCAGUCGCCAUCUCUCUACGACACCAGGGUUCCAGUCGACCAGCAGAUGUCUUCAAUACCGAUGCGUAAAAAUAAUUUCUUCUAUCCAAAAGAUAUUGAAACUAUUGGAAUCGUUAGUUAA